CCGGCCCAGGGCACCCUGCCAGCCUUGGCCUUGCCGCCCGCGCCCGGUGCCGGCCGAGCUCGCAGGUGUCCGGACGCCUCUCCUCCGAGCCCGCCGUCUCCUCGCCACCACCCGCAAAUGCUCAGCUUCUUCUGGCUGAGGUGUCUCUUAAAAACAGUCAAGGAGAGUAUUGUAGCUCCUGAAGAGAUCUUGAGGUUCUGUUGCGAUGGCCUCCAGGGCUCAACCUCUCCAUCGUGUGUCCGGGAGCCAAGGGACGAGACGCCGGGGACCAUGGCGAGCCCCUCGCCCACCCUCAACCCCACCGAGGUGCAGAUGAGCCAGCUGGUCCUGCCCUGCCACACCAACCACCGCGGCGAGCUCAGCACCGGCCAGCUGCUCAAGUGGAUCGACACGGCCGCCUGCCUCUCCGCCGAGAGACAUGCCGGCUGCCCCUGCGUCACCGCCUCCAUGGAUGACAUCUACUUUGAGCACACCAUUAGCGUUGGGCAAGUUGUCAACAUCAAAGCCAAAGUGAACAGAGCCUUUAACUCCAGCAUGGAGGUGGGUAUCCAGGUGAGCUAUGAGGACCUGUGCAGCGGGAAGCACUGCAGCAUCUGCAAGGCUUAUGCCACCUUCGUGGCACAGGAUCCCUCUGGCAGCAAGGUGAGGCUGAAGGCGCUGACCCCGCAGACGGAGGAGGAGAAGCUGGAGCACAGCAUCGCUGCCGAGCGGCGCCGCAUGCGCCUGGUCCACAAGGACACCCUCAAGGAUCUCCUCAUCCGCAGCCCCCGUGAAACUGAGCUGGAGACACGGGACGGCAGCGCAGCGGUGCCAGCGGAGAAGACUCGAGUGGAAAGCGUGGAGCUGGUGCUGCCCCCACAUGCCAACCAUCAGGGAAACACCUUCGGUGGGCAGAUCAUGGCCUGGAUGGAGAACGUGGCCACCAUUGCAGCCAGCCGCCUGUGCCAUGCCCACCCUACGCUGCAAGCCAUUGAGAUGUUCCACUUUCGGGGACCAUCACAAGUUGGGGACCGUCUGGUGCUCAAAGCCAUUGUCAACAACUCCUUCAAAAACAGCAUGGAGGUGGGGGUCUGCGCCGAGGCGUACGGCCAGGAGAUGUCCGGCAGCCGGAGGCACAUCAACAGCGCCUUCAUGACCUUCGUGGUGCUGGACCAGGAGGGCCGGCCCCGCUCCCUGCCGAUGGUGGCCCCUGAGCCAGGGGAGGGAGAGAGGAGGUACAGAGAAGCCAGUGCUAGGAAAAAAAUUCGUCUGGACCGCAAAUAUGUCGUCUCCUGCAAACAGACUGAGGUGCCGCUCUCCGUGCCCUGGGACCAAAGCAACAAGGUUUAUCUGAGCUACAACAACGUCUCUGCGCUGAAGACGCUCAUAGCCAAAGCCAACUGGGCACUGGCCAGAGAAAAGGAGAAGGUGCGGUUGUACACGCUGGAGGAGGACAAGUUCCUGUCCUUCCGCAUCGAGGUCUCCGUCUGCAUUGCUGCCAACCAGGCCUUCUCCCUGCUCUCCGACCUGCGGCGCCGGCACGAGUGGGACAGCCACUACACGAGCGCUGAGCUGGUACAGCAAGUUGACGAUGACGACAUGAUCUACCACGUGGUGACCCAGGCGCUCAGCCACGAGAACAAGCCGCAGGACUUUGUCAUCCUGGCAUCCCGACGGAAGCCCUGCAGCAAGGGGGACCCCUUCGUGGUGGCCUUCCGCUCUGUGACGCUGCCCACUCACCCUGCCAGCGCCAGCUUCACGCGCGGGGAGACGCUCUGCUCCGGCUUCUGCAUCUGGCCAGAGUCGGAGGAGAUGAGCAAGGUAGCUUACUACAACCAGGCUACGCCAGGGUUCCUGAACUACGUCACCACCAACGUGGCAGGACUGUCCUCCAACUUCUGUGCCACAUUCGAAGCCUGUGAGAAGUUCCUGCUAAAGAACAAGGAGCACCUGACCGUGCGGCUGUAGCAGCUCCAGAGCCACGGCACUCCUGCAGGCAGACAGACAGAAGAGACAGACGAGGGGACACCUCCGUGGUGGAAGAGAAUGUGGGAUGCUGGAUUCAGACUCUGCCUCCCCGGGGGCUUGGCCUGAGUGAGGUGCCAGGGGCUGGGGCAAAGGGGCAUGGCUGCACCCUCCACUGUCGUGUCCUGUCUUCUCUUCUCUUCCUCCUUUCUCUUAUUUAUGUAGGAAUUUUGUAAGCUGAUGUACUGGACUUGGUUUUCUAAGUCACUUAACACUACUUGAAUCUUUGUUUGAUCCUAAGUCUUCCUCAAACAGAUUUCCUUCCUCCCCGCCCCCCCAGUACUUCUUUAUGGGUGAAACUGGUCGCCCUUGAGACAGCAGAGGGGAGAGGGAGCAAUGAUGUGGGGAGGUUGUCGUGGCCAUCUUCGGUGUGGGGGUGGCUGGCACAGCAUCCUACUCCUCCCAUGGAUGCCCAGUGCUGCUCCUUCUCCAGGGCAGGGCUGGCAAACAGCCUCAGUUCAUGCUGGGCCUAAAUAGUCCACCCCAUGGGACAAAAACACAUCGAAAGGGAAAGUGCCUGUGUGCCCCGGGCGAGUAUCUGCUCUAGAGGUCACUCUGCAACUGCCUGGCCAGUGAGCACAGGGUGAGGCCCACACACCUGCAGCACACCCCCAGCAGGUGCCAUUUCCCUGGGUGAGGUGGGGACAAGGCUGCUGGGGGUCACCCGUGGGCACGGGGAGUCCUUUGAAGCAGGACUGUGGGCUGCGUGAAGGCAGGCGUCCACCUGCAAGUGGUUUUGGGGCACUGCCUGCAGGGAUUGCCACCACAGCAGGGGCUGGUGCAGACCUAAGGGGUUGUCCCUUGUCCCCAUCUGUUGGGUGCACCAACACCUUGAGUGGUAAACCCCAAACACCUUCAGGGGUGCUGGAAAGUAAAAUGGAAAAAGCCAAAUCUUGUAGUACUAGGCCUGAGCAAGGCUGCUGAGGGCACAGAGAGCAGCUGCUGAAACCCAGAGUCUCAAAGGCACUGGCACCUGCCCCUACCUGUGCCGAGCACUAAUGACCUGAGUGCCUCUGGUGGUGUUCCUGCGCUGCAGGAAAGCCACUGAAACGCAGGGUGGGUGACAAGAAGGGCUGCCCAUCACUCACCCCAGGGGAUGUCUGCCUUCAGCCUCAGGCCUCCUGAGAGCCCCCUGCCAGGCUUUUCUGGGUCCUGUAGCCAGAAGUUUUCUGAUGGCACUGAGGUUUCUGGAAGGCUUGCUGCCUGCUGGGAAGAGAAGGAGCCCCUGCAGCCCUUGUGCAGGCAGGGCUGUGGGCACAGCAGGUUAAACAGCACCUGUGCCCUCACCUUUGCUACCAGAUCCCCCAGGCUCUUAACCCCGAGAAAGGGUUUUCCUUGCAGAGCUGAACCAUGAGCAGCUGAUGCUGAUGGUGCUCGGCGUGAGAUGAAGCUGGGGGGCAGCAGAAAGGGGCGGAAUCUUUUCUAGGCACCUUCUGCAACGCACGACCCGACAGAGUUCCUCUGCCAACCAAACUGCCCACCAGGUUUAUGAACAGGAGCUGCCAGGCAGCAGCUCGGACCCCUGGAGCAGCCAUAAGCUCCUAGUCUCUGCCACAUCUCUGAUCAUAAACGUUCCCCGAGCGAGGCUUGGCACAGCGCUGCCCCGACCCUCCCCUGCUGCGCUUCCACCACAAGACAAAGCUGUCUCCAGCUGGGCGUGGUACGAACCAUUCCCUUUCUGGAGAGCCCUCUCACCUCCGAACUCCGAGCAACCCUGCCUCCGAAACCCUUCCACCUACCGUUAGAAACGGCUGCCGCUCGACCAAGCGCAGGGAGCGAUGCGUUCACCCGAGCAUUAAACUUUAACUGACCUCUG